AUGAAGGUGUCUGCCGUUCUUUCCACUUUGAUGGUCGCCGGACUUGUGUCCGCUGCUCCUCCGGCCCCUCGCCCAGCCGACCUUCAGCACCACGGGCAGCGGGGUCCCGCCGACGCUGCCUUGCCGCAUGACAAGCGUGGCGAUGUCCCUCAGUUCCCCCCUCCUCCCAAGGACGACCACGACCACCACAAGCGCGGUGACAUCCCUCCUCCCCCGAAGGACCCCAAGAACCCUCCCAAGGACGACAAGCACAAGCGUGGCGAUGUCCCUCCUCCUCCGAAGGACCCCAAGAACCCGCCCAAGGAUGACCACCACAAGCGCGGUGAUAACCCUCCUCCCCCGAAGGACCUCAAGAACCCGCCCAAGGAUGACCACCACAAGCGUGGCGACAUCCCCCCUCCUCCGAAGGACCCCAAGAAUCCCCCGAAGGACGACCACCACAAGCGUGGUGAUGCUCCUCCCCCGAAGGAUCCCAAGGACGACCACGACCAGCACAAGCGUGAUGGAAGUCGACUUCCGACAUCAGUUCCGGAAGGCUUGUUGGGUAUGGCGAGCAAAGGAGAUGCGCUCUUUUAA